AUGGUUGGCAUCCCGCGAUCUCGAGCCUGCAAGCCAUGCAGAGCUCGACGUAAGAAGUGCGACGAGCAAAAACCUAUCUGCGGAUUGUGCAUCAAAAGAGGAGUCGAAUGCGUAUACAAGACCGACCUAAAUAUUGUCUACGUCAACCCAGGCGCUCAUGUCGCACGCUCUCGAGAAUCCAGCAAAAGCUCCAGCCCAGGCUCAACUGGCUCAGAUGAAAAUUCGCUCUUUGAUCUCCCACCUUCGUGCUUGGCAAGUGCUAUUCAAUUGCAGAUUCGUGGAAACUUAGCAGAGGGCUACCUCUCCCGCAACGUACGACCAACGGCUUCCACAGCUUGGCUUUACGCUAUCAACGAAGAUUCUCUGAACGAUCCGCUACUGGACGAUGCAUUACGCGCGCUUUCCUUGUCUUGUCUCGAGCAUCAAGACGCGUCUGGUCAGAUCUCUCAUAGAAGUCGUGAGAUGUACGGUAAGACAAUCAGAAGGCUGAACACAAGGCUCGAGACCACGGAGGAAGCAAUGGCGGACACCACCUUAGCUGCUGUCAUGAUCCUUCUAUCAUUUGAGACCUACACAGCGACACAACAGAAUUUGACCGGCUGGUUUUCCCAUGCUAAGGGUGCUUCCCAGCUAGUCAAAAUGCGAGGCAACAAGAACGCUUCGAGUGGCAUCGCUCAACAACUCUAUCUCGGGUCGCGUAUGUGGCAGCUCAUCUGUGGUAUUGGUCAGCGCAAGGCUAUUACGAAUGCAGCUGCACCUCCUCCUCAAACAUAUACGGGCUUGUUUGCCUCGUACUCAAUGCUUUUCGACAUUUUAUUCACAAUGCUAGCAAUCAUGGAACAAGCAGAUAUCGUGAAUGCAAUGCUCGAGAACAUGGAGACGCAAAAUGCAGACUCGGCUAUAUCAAUUCUAUCGUACAUGUUUCAGAACUUUGAAUCAAAUCUAGAUGGUUGGUACGAUCAACUUCUGCAGAACGAGAGCGAUGGGGAUGAGCAGAAGCUCUUCUGGCUGGAACACUCAUACCUAAGCGACCAAUUACCGCUCGAAAGUCCCCAGCGCGUCUAUUCAACAUAUAUGCAUUUCCAAAACCUCGACAUCGGCGAACAGCUGAUCCUUUACUGGGGGUUUUCCCUACUAACGCACCUACUCAUAUACAAAACGGAACUCAAUAUUCGAUCCCGGACGUCCUUAACAAUCUCACUCUACUCGACUGAUGCUUCCAGACAAGCUUCAUUGACAAAGCAACAUCUUUGCGCCGAUCGAAUCACCCAGUCACUAGAAUAUUUUCUCAAUUAUGGAGUCAGUGCCGUGGCUGUGAGCUUCCUCGGUGUACCCAUGAAUGUGGCAUUCGGCUAUUGGGCUCAAUAUGACUUGCCACAACGAAGAUGGUUCGAGUUGAUCUUCGAACGUCUUCGCUCGACCCAUCGAGGUUACGGAUCUCUCAUGGCUGAAAUGGCUCAAAAGGGAGGAGGAGGCGAGGGCUUUCGUGCAGCCAUUGGCAAAACUCCCAAGGCUGAACUGAAUACGGAGAGGCUUCGCAGCAACCUACAGCGGUCCCAAUACACCUGUUAG